CCGUAUUGGGUCUGCUGAUUCGGAGGAAUCAUGCGGAAGUAGUAAAUUAGACACAUCAAGUAGUGCAAAUCACCAACCAAAACAGUGACAUUUUGGAAAACUAAUGAAAGUAAAGUUUAUUUUAAACAAGAGGAUCUGUGCCAGUUCCAUUCCGAUAGUUAGGUUAUUUGGUAGAGGUAGCCUAUAGUCACUGAAUUGUCAUCAUCAGAUAGUUAUGGCUUGGAGCGACUCUAUGGUGUCAAUGAAUGGAACUCAAGUUUCCUAUAUUGGACAUGACUGUAAGGACAUCCCAGAGUUCCUUGGAGAAAGAUAUGGACUCUUGACAAGACGGCUAGAUCUCAGCUUCAAUCAGCUAAGGUCACUGGCGGGCCUCAAAGCGUUCACUGGGCUGGAAGAACUGGUCGUCGACAACAAUCUGCUCGGAAACGACCUCCAGUUGCCCAGGUUACCCACCCUCCACACCCUGACACUCAAUAAGAACCAACUGACUGACAUUGAGGCGCUGCUGGGGCACUUGGCGAAGGCGACACCGUCGCUGCAGUACCUCAGCCUGCUGGGAAACGAGGCCUGUCCCAACCAGCUGGUCAGCCUGGACAAGGAUGAGGACGACUACCAGAGAUACAGGUAUUUUGUUCUGCACAAGCUACCCACCCUAAAGUUCCUAGACACUAGGAAGGUUUGUAAGACAGAACAGCAGGAGGCUGAAGCACGGGGAGCCUUCAUGAAGGUGGUUAAACCCAAGUUAUCAGACAUGGUGGCCCCAGGUGACCCCAGGUCUGAGUGUUCCUCUAUGCCCUACACCCCUCUACCCAGAGGCUCUAGAGACGGCAAGAACCACAAAGGUGUGUUCGCCAAGUGCCGUUACGUCUACUAUGGAAAGCAUUCGGAAGGCAACCGAUUCAUCCACAAUGACCAACUCUGAUGGACCGACAGAGAGACGCAAACACAUGCACACAAGCAUCAUUAUACAAGUCGUUAAAUAAAAAUUCAAACAUCUUCAUUAAAAUGUCUCUUCCAUAACCUAUACUGUCACUCUCAGACCCCAGUCCUUGGGCCGUAUCUAUCAAGCUUCUCAGAGUAGGAUUGCUGAUCUAGAAUCAGUUUUCAAUCAUGAAUGAGAUUAUAUGCACAGGGGGGACCUGAUCCUAGGUCAGCAUCCUAGUCUACGCUUUAUGAAUACGGGCCUUGUAGCGUAGUGGCCUGGUCUCCUCCUCCUCCGCUGAGCUGUGGCUGGCUCUCCUGUCAGCUCCACUCUCCUGCCCCAGAGUGAACAUUGACACUCACGUUGACAUAAUUGCAUUCAAGCAGCAGUGCUCCACAUACACACAACCAUAUACAAAAAUGCAUGCAUGCACGCACACACACCCACAGAACUGUUCACGCAAGCGCACACACUCUCUCUCUUUCACACCCACCCACCCAAACACACACACCCCGUGGCCACGGUGAUGGACAGCUCCAGCCAAGCGGCUGAUUUGACAGCCACAGCAGCCAUGAUGGAUCACCCGUCCCCUACCGCCACUCAUCAGGGGUCAGAGGUCAAACCUGAUGCCUCACUGGGCCUGUGUGAGUGUGCAUGUGUGAGGGGGACAGGGGACUGGGGCGUAAUGAUGUAUAUUUCGAAAUGUAAGUAUACAGUAAAUUUCACUUUUAGAGUGGCAGCUAGGAGAAAGAAAGAGAGAUACAACAUAAAACUAAUAAAGUUUUUAAAACCUUUACAAUUCCCACCCCUAUGUCCACCUAGAGAUAAAUGAUAUAAGAUAGGUAGAUGUUUCCACCUGGCACAUCUCCAUCUUGUCUAAAUUGGGGCUUGAGAAUGUUAACACAGGGGAUUAGAGAGAGGGUGGGGGCAAUGCCAGACAGGAGAGGAGGAGGAGGGGGGGUAAAUGAAAGUAUAGGAAAGUUAGGAUAACUUUUCUCAAGGAGUCCACCCUUGUGGUUCUGAAGCUGUAUUUGAAUGGAUACAGGGCUUGCCUGCAAGAGUAACAACACUUCACAACUUUUCACUUACCAAAUGUGUUUAGAGUUAUGCUGUUGGCAGAUAUAUUUUACUAUGGUCUGUUUUUAAUGGAAAUUAAUCAGUUUAGUAUUCAAUUAUUGCAUGAUAAUGUAUAAUUUGAAGAGAUGUUAUAUUUUCAAAUGCACAGUGAAAAGACAAUCCAACAUUCCAAUAUAAGCUUAAAUAAAGAACACAUUAGAGACCAAAGAAACAUUCAACCUCAAACACUGUCAAAUAGUUUCACUAAAUUAGAUUAUCAAAAUUCUGGUAACAAAAUGUCCAGGUUAUCCAGAAAUCCUAGUUGGAGGAUUCCUGCUUAUUCCCGUUGAUCUUCCUACCGGGAUUUAUUGAAAUCUAGAGAUUUUGGGGAUGGUUACCAGAAUUUUGCAACUCUGAAUGUUCUAUUGAAACUGAGAUUAAUCAUUUCAUUUUAAUAUCAUAUUAGUAUGGAAUUAAAUUGUUAGUUCAUUGUGAUUUAUGAAUAUUACCUCAAUGGGGUUAUGAAGGAUUCAGAAGGCAUGCUUUUAACAUAUUAUAGUAUCAUUAUAGUAUCAUAGUUAGGAACUAUAUUCCCAGAUCUUUAAAAUGUAUGAUACUUUUUCCUGAAUAUAAACUUCUAACAUUUGUGAAUCAUGUAUACUGACCCAAAAUAUUAACGCAACGAUUUUACUGAGUUACAGUUCAUAUAAUGAAAUCAGUCAAUUCAAAUAAAUUCAUUUUGGCCCCAAUCUAUGGAUUUCACAUGACUGGGCAUGGACGCAUCCUUGGGUGGGCCUGGGAGGGCAUAGGCCCACCCACUUAGGAGCCAGGCCCAGGCAAUCAGAAUUAUUUUUUCCCCACAAACGGGCUUUAUUACAGACAGAAAUACUCCUCAGUUUCAUCAGCUGUCCGGGUGGCUGGUCUCAGACGAUCCCGCAGGUGAAGAAGCCGGAUGUUGAGGUCCUGAGCUAGCGUAGUUAGAUGUGGUCUGCGGUUGUGAGGCUUGUUGGACGUACCGCCAAAUUCUCUAAAAUGGCGGAGGCGGCUUAUGGUAGAGGAAUGAACAUUCAAUUCUCUGGCAACAGCUCUGGUGGACAUUCCUGCAGUCAGCAUGCCAAUUGCACGCUCUCUCAAAACUUGAGGCACUUGUCGACGUUUACAAAGUUUGCGUAGAAAAUAGAUUUGACAAUUGCCUGCUAGGGUGCAUUUGUAUUUAACAAACAGCUGGACGUAAUGACGUCACACCUAAAACAAAUUACAGUGCCGGGCGGUAUGCCGUAUAUACCGUAUACUGGGGUUUUUGGAAAUAGCCACAGAUGGUUUUUCAAUAGUGUUGAAACGAUUUCUUCCCAAUUUAAAAAAAAAAAGUGAAUAUUUGUAGCUACUUUUUAAGUAAAUACCUGCAGUCAACUUGUGAAAUGCUUUAGGAGAUAAAGAAGAUCACCUUCUUCAUUUCACCUGUCAUAUAAUUUUUCAUUAUGAAGCUUACCGGUAGUCCCCAGUCACGUGGUGUGUGUUUACAAGCACACAAUGACGAGAGACCGGAGCCUUUUAAGUGACUGGAAUUCCCAACUAAAUGUUUGCCAGUCUUAUAACUAUUAAGUUAACGGUCUAAAAUGUGCUAAAUGCUCUCUAGUUUUGCAUUUGGUUUGCUAAUUUAGUAGCUAGUUAGCUAUCUCGCUAGCUAAGUGGUAAGCUUCUUCCAAAAUCAAGCUUCGCUUGGUAACAGCAGAGAAUCCCCUCCUGGAUCAAGAGCCUUGCUGUCUAAUAUUUGUUUUGUGCAUGCAGCAAUCUGUGAGUAGCCUUUUUCAGUUACUUGUAUAAAUUUAUGAGCUAGAAUAUCUGUCCUGCAAAUACUUUUGGUCAGAGACUGCAUAAAAUGUUGGCAAUGUGCUCGUUAGGAUUUAGUUUGCAUUCUCUAUGGGAUUUUACAUGUACUUAUUAGCAUUGAUAACCUUCAGAUUACAAAGGCUCAGUGGGGUUUUAAAUAGCACCUGUUGUGGUCAGUGCUGGUAUUACCGCAUUUCCCCGGUAUGGCAUAAGGUCGGUAUGAAGGUAUGACAAUCUGGAUACAGAGUUGAAUAAAAAUGAAGUGGUUGAAGUGUUUCUAUUACCCAUUUAUGCAUUAGAUAGCCUAUAAGCCCUCCCAUUGUCAUGUGCCAACAUAACGCCACGGUUCCGUGCCAUGGUGAAACUUGUACUCCUGUAGAGCUGAAAUAAUUGGAUGGUGAAACUUGCAUCCAGCCAACCAGAACAGCAAGGCGAAGCAGUUCAGCCAUUCUUGAAAGUCAGGACAAAUCUUACAAAUAAACGUUAUUUUUAUCGUUGAAAAAUAGAUUUAGCAGGUAGUAAGUAUUUAGAAUGAAAUGUAGAGUGGAGCUUCAUAGUUACGUGUUGACAUCACAUGCCCCGCGUACCUUAAAAAUGAUUCGGCAAUGAUCAUUUAUUCUAAAAACAUAUUUUCCAUCAUCAUUUGUCGCAGUAAAUAAAGUUAGGCAAAAUAAUAUGUUUCCUAUAUCUGACGUUACCAUUACACAUGUAGUAAUGAUUGUUUUUGCGACAUUGCUUUUGUGAAAUAAACCUGGAAACCUGCCUAAUGUAAUUUUAUUAUCUGCAAUUUUGAAAUGAGGCAAUGCUGUUUUAGAUGAUCCCAAGUACAUUUUGUAUUACCCUUUAAAGGUCACUCUACCUUUAUUGAUUAAAACAUUUUACUUGA